AAGGACAAUCAUUGAUAUGUCUAUUUGUUAAGAUGGAGUUUUAUGCUUGUCCUUAAUAGAUUAAAAUAUUUUUUGUUAAAUUAGAAAAUUAAUGUAGAUCCAACGGUGCGUGUGAAUGUGCCUAUGUGUUGUUCAAAUUAUUCUUAUAAUAAGAAAUAGAUUUGGGUAUGGCCUGCUUGUUUUGGCUUUGAGACAGCUUUCCAUUGGUUUUAUGGAACUUUGUGGUGAUGGAAUAAUUGUGUGAAAUUGCCUCGAAAUUUCCUCCACCAGCCACCUAAUUAUACUCCAUAGUUUUUGGGCUAACAAGUUUAGAAGGCAGAAGCAUUCUCUACAGUCUACACUACAACUGAUCGAUGGCUUCCGCAGAGCAACGUUCUAAGGUUCCCAAAUUCGGUGACUGGGACAGUGAUGAUAAUGUACCUUACACUGCUUUUUUUGACAACGCUCGAACAGACAAGAUAAACCCAAAUGAUCCCCUACAGAAUCCAGAUGCAUUCUUGCAUCAUCAAGUCCAAUACAGAUCAUCAGCCUCCGAUGGACCAAGAGAAGUUAGUUCUAGUGCAGCCCACAAAAGCAAAUCUGAUUAUCAGAGACGCCAGAAAUCUUCCAGCAACUAUUUUAGACAGCCAACCACAGCUCAACCAUCUCAUGAAAGAAGGACAGCAUCAGUCCCGAAAUUUGGAGCAUGGGACGAAGCAGACCCCAGCUCAGGCGAAGGUUUUACCGUCAUUUUCAACAGAGUGAAAGAAGAGAAACAAGUUGCCUCCACCCAUUUUCCACCACAGCCAACUUCUACUUCCUCUCCAUCAAAGGUCCGCUGGUGUCUAUUCCCAUGGGGGUGCAAGCCAUGAACAUGCUUUUUUUUGGGACUAUAUAUAUCAUACAAAUUUCAUAUUUUCAUUUUUUACUGUUCCUCGUUUUUUUUUUAUUACACUGGGGGGAGGUCGAUUUACAAUGUUCUUGCUUCUAGACUAUGCCUGCAGGGACUUUCGUCUUGAUGAGUAGUAGUAGAGCUACAAUUUUUCACUUUUGUUCCUUAAAUUAUAAAUUCUUACCUUUCGUGCUGC